AUGGGGACAGGAAUGUCGGCCGCCUGCACCCAGAAGGACCUGGUGGGCGCCGUGGGGCAUGCGGUGACCUUCCCCCUAUGCCACGCGCUGCAGCAAGUAGACUUGGUGGUCUGGACCUUCAACACCACGUUCCUCUCCAGCCUCCAGCAGAACACCACCCACAGGCAGGUCAUCGUGGGCCCGCAGCUGAAGCGACCCCGGCUGGAUCUGGUGCCCCGGAACUACUCCCUGCGCCUGAGCCGGCUGGAGCUGGCGGACGCGGGCACCUACCGGGUGGAGCUGCACAGCUCUGAGCAGUCACAGCCUCUCCUGCAAGAGUACGUGCUGCGUGUCUACGAACCCCUGCCCAGGCCCAUCGUGAGCAAGACCAAGUGGCACACGGAGAAUGGGACCUGCCUGGCCAACCUGACGUGCUCGGUGCUACAGGAAACUGCGGUGACGUACAGCUGGGAGUUGGCCAAUGGGAGCUGGGAAGGCCCUGCCCUCCCCACCAUCACCUGGAGGCCAGGCAGCAGUGACCAACAUUUCGUCUGCACGGCCAGGAACCCUGUGAGCAGGAACAGCUCUCACCCGGUGUCUGCCAGGGAGCUCUGUGAAGAGCCUGAUGGCCAAGCCAACUUUCUCCUGGCACUGUUGCUCCCCCUGACAGUGCUCCUGGCCUGUGUGGCUGUGAUCGCAGUGGUUCUGCAUCUGCAGAGACGGAAGUCUGGAGAGCCCGCUGGCGAGAAGAGGGAGACUCUCUCUCACAACAGGGAGUCAGCAGAGUACGACUGCGUUCUGCAUGUCCCGGUCACUCCCGUGAACACGCUGUACUCGACGGUGCAGGUCCCCCAGAAGAAGGACAAAGCCCCCUCACUGCCCAAGAACCCGGAAGCACCCAGGCCGGUCAUCUAUGAUGAAGUCAUCUAA